UGUAAGUUAUAUAGGGGGAUGGAAAGACUAAGACGAAAAAACAAUGUAGGAAGCACCACAAAACAGAAGGGGGAGGAAGAGGGAAUGGCGGGGAAAUUUAGAUUAUAAUUUGCGGCAGUUGCCAGGAAUUCUGAAUUACUAUUUACACACAUAAACAGAAAACCGCCAUAAUGUCUGCAGGCUCUGUGGCAGCCCCAACCAUUGUCCCUUUAAGGCCACCACAGCCAGGGCAGCAUAAGUAUGCAGUGGACAGUGAUACCAAGAUAGAGCUGGCUUCAGUUACAACCAAUACUGAUAUAUACUACACUCUGAAUGGCUCCAAGCCAGACCCUUUUCAACCCCUGGGAACAGGAGACAGAGUGACCAUGAAGUAUAAGAAACCUUUCACUCUUCCAGCUGGGAAAGUAAUAGUAAAGGCUAUGGCUGUAUCAAAGGAUGGAGUAAGAGAGAGUAAUAUUGUCUCUAAAACAUUUGAGGUAGAAUACAUUGAGCCUGAGUUGCCCGACCCUGGUGGCGGAGACGAUGAUGGCCAGAACUUUCAAGAUGACAUGGAAGUAAGGACAAAGAGUAAAGCUGGUCGCAGUUUUAUGAAAAAAUUACUAGCAAGUAGUAAAAACAGACAUGCUUGGGAGGAGACAGACACAAUGAGGGAAACUGAGCACAGGAUGACAGAUCUGCACAUUAAUGGUUCCCAUCACCGUAAACCAAAGACGGGUCCCAGGUUUAUGAACACCAGGUUAUCUAGUCCUACAGAGAGGGGAACCGUAGGCCAGGAUACUGUGGGAAGAAUGUCUGAUGUAUGGGCAUCAGGAGACAUGUAUAAUGGACUUGAGAAAAGCAGACCAAGACCAGAUAACUAUACACAAUCCAUGCGCCUUCAAAGAGAGACUGACUUUUUAAAGUGCAUUUACUGCUAUGCACCCCGUCCAUCUGAUCCAUAUGUUAGAUUUUGUGGUGACUGUGGUAAUGCUCUUCCACCACUUCCUCAGUCCAGACUGCCUCCUACAGAACCAGGCCAGAUUGGUCGCUGUGUCCACUGUAACUCCAUGGUGCCAUUCAAUACUUACACCUGUGUUAUCUGUGAGGCUCCCAUUCCUCCUCAGAACCAGCCUCAAGCAAGCAUGAGGCUGCAGGACAAAUUGAUUUGUCCACUGUGUGCUACUGCCAACCCUACCAACUUCUCCAACUGCCUGGCUUGUGAGGCAAGACUUCCAAGUGCUCGACCAAUCCACACAGGCAUGUCUGCCCCACCUCUGCCUAGUCAGUCUGGAGAGUUGAUGACUUGCACAAAAUGUGGGCGUGUUAAUAAUACUGACGCAAGAUACUGUGAUUGGUGUGGAUCUAAGCCUGCUCCUUUUGGGCAAAGUCUGACCUGUUCCAAGUGCAAUGCAAGUAAUCCUCGCUACUCUAAAUUCUGUGGAACCUGUGGUGUAACCAUUCUGCCGCCUUUCAGGGUUGAUCCCAGAAACACAGGAACUACACAUGCAGAUGUUACUGAUACAUUCCGAGAGUCGGUGUCAGCCCAAUGGCUUCCAGUCAGCCUUCCUAUGCCACGACCAGUGGAGAUCCCAAAAGACACCAGGGCCACUCAGACUGUGGGGCUCUACUUUCCUUCUGAGAGGGAGAUCAUAAAGAAACAACUGGCAGAAGAGGAGAAACUGGCAAUGGAAAAACAAAUCAGGGACAGGAAACCUUUGCUGACUGCAAUCAGUCCUGGUAGAGGUUACUGGAGAAAGCAGAUGGAACACAUAGGUACUCACUUGAAGGUGUAUGCACAGAAUAAUGCAGAAUUUAGGGCAGAAAUUGGAGAGCCAAGAAUGGGCAAGAUCCUGUCGGCAUCUGUCCAUGAAGAUGGCUAUGAGUUGACCUUGACAGUGAACUUUGCCCUGCGGGGUGACAGGGACCCUCUCACUGGCAAUAAACUGAACCUGAUGGCCAGUGAGGCCUACAUGAGGAGGAGUAAUGGCAUCAUGGGGAGCACCAACUCCAUCGCGACUGAAGAGGAAUCUUUAGUUUCUGAAAGGAGUGCAUCCCGUCGAAGCACAACCAAAGGUGGAAGGAAGACAAUAAAAAAAGCCAAAAAGAAGAAAGUUGUUAAAGUGGAGGAGAAGCUGUCGGUGGAAGACAAAGCUCUAUUAAAGGAAAUAGGGAAAAAUGGACAAGGUCGAGUAAAUGAAGUGACGCAACUUAUUGAUGAGGGUGCUGAUCCCUCCUGUGUAAACAAAGAUGGCUACCCGGCAUUGAUGGUUGCUGUGACAAACCAGCACGCCAAUGUCAUCCCAGUCCUGGUGCAGGAAGGUGCAGACGUCAACAAAAAAGGACCAAAUAAAGGGAAUACUGCUCUCCAUGAAGCUGUCAGCCUGGGAUCAAAAGGGAUGGAAGUUAUUGAAACUCUGCUAGGCUGUAGUGCCAAUCCUAAUAAGAAAAAUGACAAAGGGGAGACAGCAUAUGAUCUUGCAGUCAAGGCUGGAGAGGACCGCAUUGUGAAAAAGCUGGCCGCAAGCAUGGGCCAGAAUGCCUUGGACAAAUUGAUCAAGCCCAAAUCUGCAAAAGUAGAUGCCUUUUAAGUGUUUGUUGAAGGGAAUGCUUGUUCUCUUAUGUAGUCAUUGUUGUAGAAAGGAUGUUUUAGAGAUCGUGUCUGGGAUUUCUUACUUCUGGUACACAAGACACAGCAAAACCGCAUAUUUCCUUAAAUUGAUAAAGUUAAAGAUAUGUUUAUGCCAAAAUUGGAGACAGAACAAAUUCUUGAUAUAUAGAGCAGCACAUAUACUUGGCAUUCUGAAUGUUAACUAAUGGCACCCACAUGCUUUUUUGAAGCACUUCAAAUUAUUAAAUUUUCAAGAGAUCCAGGAUUUCAAUAUAGGGAAGACCAGCUAUAGAGGUUAGUCACUGCCAGAAAUUUGGGGUUAGGCGAAGGCAGUGGAUAGGAAGGGGAGGAUUGGUAUGCAUUUCAAAAAUAAUAAUAAUAAAAUUAAUAAUAAUAAAGUAUAUAAAGUCUUUAGCUGUAAAUCAUUUGGUAACAUUUUUUUCUAUGACAAAGUUAAUAAGUAUGUCAAUGCCCUGUAUUUUAUUCAGUUCUUAAUUAUUCCCUUAUUUUUUUUGUUUUUAUUAUUAUUAUUAUUUUUUUUUUUUAAAUACUUGCAAGCAACUUGCUAUCUUAAUUCUCACCAAGUUCUGUUUGCCUUUUCUGUGAUAUCUAUUUGUUAAAAAAACAAGCAAGUUAAAAGCUGUGAAUGUAGCUCAUGAAAGGGAUGGGUAAUAUCAGAUUUGUGUAUAAUAAAUAUAAAUGGAUUGAUAAAUAAUGAAUUAGAAAUAAUUAAUGGAUGUGGAUGUAGAAAGUUUACUAGUAUCUUGACAUGGUACAUAUGUAGCUUAUAUAUUGGACACGGAAAGAAUGCUAGUACCUUUUUCCUGUUUGUGGUAUAGGACUUGGCAAGGCUAUGCUAGAGAAACUUCUGUGAUCCUUCCUUUAUUGCAUUUAUAUCUUAAAAGAUAUGUCUCUUUUUUGUACAAUUUUGUUUCACUUUUUAUUUGAAUUAGUACUUUUACUGAAAAAUGUAAAACUUUUCACUGGUAUUAUACUUUUAAAAGUCUAUAGAUGUGAAUAAAAUUUUUUCGAAGGUUAAUGGUAAGACGUGUCUGUUAGCAGCCUUUUAUGCAUUGUCAAUGUUGCCAUAACCUGCAUUGUAAAUUGUACUUUUUAUCAUUAGUUGAAUAAAUUAUGUUAUCUAU